AUGUCUGACUUGUUCUGUUCAUCAGUAAUCACCAACAAAGUCCCUAAAUUAGAGCUCGAACUCGCAAAUAGCUGGUUCAUGCCCCAGACGGAAGUUCUGAUGACUGGGUCUGACAGCGUAAUUCUCUUCCUUCUCUUCCCUCGCUGGUUCAUGAACGCAUUCCGUGUCAUGGCCGACUAUACUGACAACAGCCUCACGACAGUAUCGCGAGAGCAACAUCCAAGUACCGGUGCCUGUCACGACUACAUACCUUGCAACUCGGAAAACGCGAUGCCCUUGCUUGUGGGCGCGCUCACCAUAUUACCUGUUGAUCAACUGGAAGAGGUGAAAAGCUCAGGCCCAGACUCUGGCUAUGUGUCACCACAAAGUCAAGAAAUACAUGACCUCAAACAUGCCGCGGCGUUAGGCGAACCUCUUCCAUCUUUUCAAAAAGCCAUCGUCACUCCAACCAUGGGCCCUCAGCUUAAUCUCACUUGUCGUACUAUCCCCGUGCGUCAACCAGGGCCGGGUGAAGCAGUCGUUCAGUUGUACUAUUCAGGCAUCUGCCGAAGCGAUGCCUGCUUUUCCAUCGGACCCGAGCCCGGAUACCCCAAGCACGACCACGUCGCCGGCCACGAGGGCAUUGGCCGCAUCGUCAGGGCAUACGAUGCCUCACUCAUCGAUAAACUCGUCGCCAUUAGAUAUCUCGGAAGUACAUGCCAGUCCUGCUCAUUCUGCCUCCGUGGGCUCCUUACCUCGUGCCCCUUCCAGCUAAACUCGCCGAAACAAGUAUCCGGCACCUUCAAGGAGUACGCCACCGUUCCGACAUCGUGCCUCGUGCGUUUGCCAGAAGCCCUGUCAAAGGAGGGAACGGCUAUGCUUCCGUAUUACACUACCGCCCUAUGCUCCGGCUCCACCGCCCUUAUGGCAUUGAAGGGUGCCGAGGUUGGCCCUGAGCAUGUGGUUGUAGUCGUGGGCGUGGCUGGUGCUAUUGGUAACAUGGCCGGGAUGAUGGCCAAACAAGUUCGACAUGCCAAGGUGAUUGGGAUUGACCUCUCUAACAAGAUCAUUCGACUACCUCCCAACUCUGAUCAAUUCGGUGAUAUCUUCCUCUCGGCGCCCCUCACAGCAGACGUCGAAAGCAGAGUCGAGCACGCCAAUGCUGUGAUCGAAGCUUGCCGGAAGCUGAGGGGCGGCCGCGGAGUAUUACGGGGUGCCGACAGCGUCAUCAUCUGCGGCAGUACACCCGAGGCUUUCAGGAGCGUGCAUGACUAUGUGUGCGAUGGUGGGCGGAUCAUUUGUGUAGGGGCUCCUGGUGGUGAUACCCAUCUAUCUAUUCCCGUCAAGGAUCUUAUAGAACGCAACCUCAAAGUGUCGGGAAACCUAAUGGGCGGGAGUCAGGAGGCUUUACAAGUUAUGGAAUACAUCAGAUCCGGCCAUAUUCGACCAGAUGUCACAUUAGUAGCCCUUGAUGAUGUUCCAUAUCAAAUGCAGGAAAUGGUGGACUGUCGAACAAUGGGGAAGAUUGUGGUGGCUAUAAAGGCCGAGUGA